GCCGCCGCUGACCUCAGCCUUCAACCUGAAACCCCUGACCAGCCUCCGAUUCUCUAGGUCCUCCCCCGGUCCCAAAACUCUCCCCAAGCAGUUGCCUCGAGACCUGCCAGACGAACCUUGGAUUAGAUUUCACAUUUGUUCGCAUUCACUGUAAAUAAAUCACAUCAUUGCAUUUCCUGUCUUUGGAGUGUUCUCUGCAUGUGGGUUAGGAAACUCGACACCACCAUGACAGCUGCAGUGAAACUGUCCAAAGAAGUACUACAAAGCUGGACUGGGCCAGUGUGGUGUAUAAGUCAUCUGAUUGCACUAAAUCCACAUUCCAUAUCUACUCCAGUGAGGCUAGUGUGGAACAUCAUCCAGAAGUACAGAGGUCUGAGUUUGAAUGACAUGUUGAUUAAAGGUCCUGAUGUCUUAAAUCCGAUCAGAGCUGUCCUUCUGAGGUUCCGAGCUGGUGUCUUUGCUGUCCUUGGUGACAUCCAAAAAAUGUACAACUCUGUGUGGUUAGAAGAGARAGAGGUUCAUCUGCACAGGUUUCUGUGGCGUGACGGUGAGGAUGCUGAAAUAGAAGAAUUUGCCAUAACAAGGGUCAAUAUYGGAGAUAAACCUGCUGGCUGUAUAGCACAAGUUGCCAUGCGGGAGACUGCCAGCUUACCCUCAUUCACACAAUUCAAAGAGGAGAAACGUGUGCUGGAAGAAGACGUCUACGUCGAUGACAUCUUGACAUCUCACAACAACCUUGACCACCUGAAACUCCUCACAUCCAACAUCGAGCAGAUCCUUAAAGCUGGAGGAUUUUUCAUGAAGCCCUGGGUCUACUCUAGUCAAGGUGGGAGGGARGAGUCAAGAGAAGUUAACAUGGAGUUAAAGACCAUGAUCUUGCCUAACCAGCUCACUAAAAACGAUAACAAAGCCCUCGGUCUGGGUUACUCUGUUGAAGAUGACAAGCUGCAUGUCAUGGUUGCAGUGAACUUUUCCAAGAGGAAGAAGAAAAUGCGCCUUGGUCAGGACCUGCUAAGAGAAGAAGUAAAAGGACAAACCCCAAAUCCUCUUACCAGAAGAGAACUGUUAAGUCAAGUCUCUGCUCUCUAUGAACCACUUGGUCUUGUGACUCCUGCAAAGCAGAAGGGAGCYAUUCUGGUUCGAAGGGCUUUUCAAGAAGCAAAGCUAAUGUAUUGCACAAAAGACACCUGGGAUGCAGCUCUGUCCAAAGAACUCCGAGAGGAUGCCAUAAAGCUGCUAGAAGAAUAUGCUGACCUGAGCCAACUCAGAUUCAUCAGAUCCCUGACACCACCAGACCCAUAUGCAGGUCCAAUUGGCAUCACAUUUUCUGAUGGCAGUGAGCAUGCAUAUGGUGCUGUGUUGUACCUACGUUGGGAAUGCACUGAUGGUGUAAGUGUGAGGUUGGUUGAGUCUAAGGCCAAGCUGACUCCUCUCAACCGCAAUGGUGACCCCGUGAAAGCGGAGAUAUGUGGAGCAGUCUUUGCAGCCCGGCUAAAGACCCAUUUCCAGAAACAUUGCCGAAUCAAAGUUGAGAAGUGGCUCCAUCUCGUUGACAGCCAAACUGUCUUGGGCGCAAUACAGCGAGAGAGUUAUGGAUAUCAGACCUUCUUCGCCAACCGGGUUGGAGAGAUCCAGAGCAGCACUAAUGUCCAAGACUGGUGGUGUAUUCCAGGAUCAGCAAAUAUUGCAGAUAUUAUCACYAGAGGGGCAAGUCCUGCUUGCUUAACCGAAGACUCAGAGUGGCAGUUGGGUCCAAGUUUCCUUCAACUUCCUGAACGUGAGUGGCCAAAGAAAUCUGCAAAUGAUGUUGCUGUGCAAGCAAGAGACAAUGUUAUAAAAAUACAGAAGAAAACAUUUGUUGCUGUACUUACCCGAAGUCAACUGAAAGAACAAAAUCCAAUUAGAGUCCAGAAGAUCAUCUCUAGGAGGUUGCCUACAGCUGCAGUAGUCCAGCAACUAGUGGACGUGAGGCACUUCAGCAGUUUGAGAAAACUGAUAUGAGUAGUUGCAUGGAUUUGGAGAGCAGCAAAAAAGUUCCUGCAUGUCAAGGUCACAGAUAAAGAAAAGUGGGAGGUGGUCCCUUUAUCUGGUGUCAUUACAGUUGGCGAAAGAGAAGAUGUGUUCAGAGACCUAUGCCUGGCAGCACAAGAAGGUGUACAAUUUCCAACUACAACGACUGAUAGACUGGUUGUCUACAAAGAUGGAACAAGUGGGCUCUUGAUGUGUGGCGGCAGAGUUCAGACUUUUAAGGAGGACCACAGAGCCGUUCCUCUGUUGCCCUUCCAAUCUUGGRUCUCCACCCUUCUAGSCCGAGCAGCWCACAGUGAAGGACAUGAUGGAGUGGCAGGAACUUUGCUGCGUAUGYGGAAGAAAGCAUGGGUCAUCAGAGGAYGAGUCAUUGYCAGAAAAGUUGUUGAYGAGUGUGYAGUGUGCAAAAAGGUGAGAGMRAAAACCYGUCAGCAAAUAAUGGGGGAUCUGCCUGAAGAAAGGUCUAGUCCAAGUGCACCAUUUCAGUUCAUAUCUGUUGAUUUGUUUGGYCCUUACCAAGUGAAAGAUGACGUCAAGAAAAGAGUGAGCAUGAARGUUUGGGGUGUGUUGUUCUGCUGUAUGUCAAGUAGAGCCAUUCAUGUUGAAYUGGCAAACACAYUAUCUACAGAGAGCUUCAUACUUGCCUACCARAGGUUUACRUCCAUCAGAGGUCAUCCCCAGAAGGUGUGGUCUGACCCAGGUACGAACUUUAUUUGGGCAAAACCCAAUCUGCAAGAAAUGUAUACUUACCUGAGACAGCAAGACAAAUUCUCACUUGAAGAGUAUGCUGCAAAAAAUGGGACUCACUCAAAAAAUGUGAUCUUCCCAGGUAAAAUCUUGCAAGAUCGAGUGGGAGGUGUUGCGCAGAUCUGCWCAUUAGUUCAGAUGUGGGUGCAUGAAUAGACAUUUGUGUGUGCACGCACACACACACAUCAGUGUGCCACUCUGCAGCACUUCUCAGCAGGUGAAAGAAAUCUGACCCAAUCAGCAGCACCCUCAACUCAGGUAAUAUAAGGAAUUCACMAACCACUUUACUGGUUUUGCAACAGAGCUGAGGAAGGCAAACACAGCCUCCAAAGCAGCAUUUCAUGGGAAAGGACUUAUAAGGACUACCGGUAAGCCACUAUCUGGGCUCAAUUGAAUGUAAUUUGACUGUAGUUUCACAUUUGA